CUACAGGAUUUUACUAAAUAGAGGAGUGACCUGGUCAGACCUGUCUUUGGCGGACUGGAGUGGAAAGAGAUGGGAGGCAGGCAGAGCCCCCCAGCCUCUUUUAGAAUAAUCAAGGCAUGAAGUGAUUUGUGGGCCUGCACCAGAGGGGUGUGGUCAGAGGACAGAAGGGGGUGUAUUUAGAUAUGUUACAAAGGUCAAAAUCGACAGGCCUUGGCCACAGAAUGAGUAUGGGGGGAAGUAAAAGAGUGGGAAGAGAUCAAAGCCCUUUGGGGCUGCCGAGAGAAAACAUGGUUUCUCUCUUUGCUGGAGGUGCGGUCACGAAGUGGAAAGAGCCCCAGGUGAAGGCCUGGGACUCAGAGCCUGGCUCUGCGGCUUGCUAUCUCUGUGGCCUGAAAGUUGCUCAACCUUUCUGGGUCCCAGUUCCUCAUCAGCAAGAUGAAGGCGCCGCACUAGAUGACCUCUGCUGUCCCUUCCAGGCCCAGAUCUGUCAGCCUGUGAUCCUCCCCUCGCCAGGCCUGCUUCUUCAUCUGGUAGUACUAGAUCACCUCUCUAACCCUAUGAGAAGAAAGAGGAUUACAGGCAGGGCUGUGCUGGUAAAUGAUAUCUGAAAACAAAAAUGCUCACAACAUUCUUUUAAGUUUAAUCUGUAUUAUUCACAUUUUUCUCCAUCACUUUCUAAGUCUGGACAAUCAGCAAAACAAUAAAUCAAGCCCUGAUUUGUCAUGUUUGCCAAUUCCGGAGGGGUAAAUGGUCACACUGAAAAUUUAACAAGCAGCUCUGCAGAGCCUGUCCAAGCUGGCUCCAGCCCACCCCUGAUUGUAGGGUUAUUCGAUGCAGCAUGGGGUGGUGAAGGAAAGAGAGCUGGACAUCGAGUCAGGACCUGCCUCUGACACCCAGAAACCAUGGACAAGUCACCUAACCCCUCUGAGCCUCAGUUACCGGCAGCAGCUACCUCACAGGGCUGUUGGAAUGGUCCCAGGAGAUGAUACCUGUGAGGCACCUUGCUGAUCUUAGCAGGGAUGGGGCUGGAGUUCUCCUCCCGACUUCAUGUGAAAGAUGGCCAAUGCUGAAGUGAGUGUCCCUGUGGGGGAUGUAGUUGUGGUGCCGACGGAAGGGAACCAGGGAGAGAACCCUGAAGACACCAAAACCCAGGUGAUCUUGCAGUUACAGCCUGUGCAGCAAGGUUUGUUUAUCGAUGGACACUUUUACAACAGGAUUUAUGAAGCGGGGUCGGAGAACAAUGCGUCGGUUGUAGCUGUAGAAACCCACACAAUACACAAAAUUGAAGAAGGGAUUGAUGCUGGCACCAUAGAUGCAAACGAAGAGAUGGAAAUUGCGUAUCCAAUCACCUGUGGGGAAAGUAAAGCCAUCCUCCUCUGGAAGAAGUUUGUAUGUCCAGGAAUUAAUGUGAAGUGCGUCAAGUUCAAUGAUCAGUUGAUCAGCCCCAAGCAUUUUGUUCAUCUGGCUGGCAAGUCCACCCUGAAGGACUGGAAGAGGGCCAUUCGCCUGGGUGGGAUCAUGCUAAGGAAAAUGAUGGACUCCGGACAGAUAGACUUUUACCAGCAUGACAAGGUUUGCUCCAAUACCUGCAGAAGCACCAAAUUUGACCUCCUGAUCAGCAGUGCCCGAGCGCCGGUGCCAGGGCAGCAGACAAGCGUGGUGCAGACACCCCCUUCGGCUGAUGGGGGAGUCACACAGAUUGCCAUUUCAGAGGAGCACAUGGAGGAGGCAGGGCUGGAGUGGAACUCAGCUCUCACUGCGGCUGUCACCAUGGCCACUGAGGAAGGACUGAAGAAGGACUCCGAAGAGAUUUCGGAGGACACUCUGAUGUUCUGGAAGGGCAUAGCCGAUGUGGGGCUCAUGGAGGAGGUGGUGUGCAACAUUCAGAAGGAGAUAGAGGACCUGCUCCGGGGAGUUCAGCAAAGGCUUCUGCAGGCCCCCUUUCAGAUCACAGAUGCUGCUGUCCUCAACAAUGUAGCCCACACCUUCGGUCUGAUGGACACGGUCAAGAGGGUUUUGGACAACAGGAGGAGCCAGACAGAGCAAGGAGAAGAACACUUUCUCUACACUCUGUCAGACCUCGAACGGCAGUUGGAAGAGCAGAAGAAGCAGGCCCAGGACCACAGGCUGAAGUCUCAGACUGUGCAGAAUGUGGUCUUGAUGCCCAUGAAUAACCCCAAGCCUCCAAAGAGGCCCCGCCUGCAGCGCCCUGCCUCCACCACCGUCCUGAGCCCCUCACCCCCCGUCCAGCAGCCUCAGUUCACUGUCAUCUCUCCCAUCGCCAUAGCACCGAUGGGCCAGUCAUUCUCCAUGGGCAACCUCCCCAUGGCUACCCUCGGCCAGGGCUCCAGCCCCGUGACUGUGCACACGCUGCCUUCCGGCUCCCAGCUCUUCCGCUACGCCACCGUCGUCUCUUCCGCCAAGACCAGCUCCCCUGAUGCAGUGACCAUCCACCCCUCCUCCAGCCUGGCACUGCUGAGCUCGGCCGCCAUGCAGGACGGGGGCGCCUUGGGCAACAUGGCCACCGUGGUGAGUCCCGUGGAGCUGGUGGCCAUGGAGUCGGGCCUGACCUCCGCCAUCCAGGCUGUGGAGAGCACUUCGGAGGAUGGGCAGACCAUCAUCGAAAUCGAUCCCGCGCCAGACCCGGAGGCGGAGGAGCCGGAGGGCAAAGCCCUCAUCCUGGAGACUGAGCUGAGGACUGAGGAGAAGGUGGUGGCUGAGAUCGAGGAGCACCAGCACCAAGUGCACAACGUGGAGAUCGUGGUCCUGGAGGAUUAGCUGGGAGACUCAGGCUUUGUUGGGGAUUUUAAUGGUUGGUUCAUUUUUACCACUGUCCUGCUCAUUUCCACAUAGGAUCCUUUUUUGGUUUGGUUUUGUUUUUCCAAUUUAAAAAAAAAAAAAAGAAGAAAAAUCUCAGUAAUGUGACUGAACAUGCUGGUCCCCUGUCUUCCCCUCUCCCCCACCAGGUAAGCAGUGGACAAGAGGAGUUGCCCUUAGAGAGGAAGGGAAGAGACUGAUCUUGCUGCCACCUGGAAAGUUGUUUCAGUUAGAUGAGGCAGCAGGAUGACCCCUCCACCAUGGGGCACAGGCUGUUUGAGUUUGCCUUUAAAGUUCCUGGGAGGGAAGAGUGGGCCCUCGCAGGGCCAAGGGGAAACCUGGCGGCCAGAGGAAGUGGGGAAGUGGCCAGAUUGCUGGUGGGAAGGAGUGGAUCAACCUCUCCUCCAGUAAGGGAAGUGCUUUGACAAGGAUCUGGGCAGGAGGGGUGGCUCUCUUGCCUCUCAAAGGGUGCCCUGUCCCCGGGACCCCAGGGGGCAGCAGCCAAAGGUGCCUGUGGGAAGAGCCAAGGUUGGGGAAUGAGCCACAGGCUUUCCUUCGGAGAGCAGUGGCCCCAGGUAGGUCCUCACCUCAGGUAAGUAUGAUGGAAGGUGCCUGCGGCCACCCACAAAAUACCCCAGGCAGGAGCCCCAGGACUUGGCAGCCUUUGAGGGAGAAUUCCCAGGGAUGAAUCCUAAGGUGCAAAAGGAUCCUCAGAGGAGCAGGAUGCCCCCCCCUCUCCCUCCGCUCCCCAUUCUGUCCAGGGAUUUUCCUUUUUAAAGUGGCAUCCGCCCAGUUGGCCUGCCCACCCUCUCUCUCUUCCCUCUGGUGCUUAUUGGUUGUUUUACCCUUUCCCUUGUGAGCCCGUAUUCUGAAGCCAUCAUUUUUUGCUCAUUGUGUAACUCCAGGAGCAAGAGAAUUCUCCAGAUCAGCUGCUGCUUUGACUUGGAAGCAUUUUUCCUUUGUCUUUCUUUUUUCUCUCCUUCCUUCCUUCCUUCCUUCUUAGCUUUGGAAUCUAAAGCAGCUGCCCAAUUAUUGGUGCUUCCUCUGAUCCUUAUCUUCCCUAACCCCUGGGGGGGCCUCUGUCUUCUCAAAACCAAACCUUUGCAGGCUUUGGUCAUCAGUUUGGAUAAGAAGAACUACAGGUGCCUGCUCCACCCCCUCCUUUCCUCCUCGUUUCCUCCCCACCCCCACCCCCACCCCCUGACCCCCUCUAGUUUCGUUUACUUGGGAUGCUGCUGCUGCUGCUGCUGCUGCUGCAACAUAAUGAGCUGGUGGCAGCCUUGGGGCUGGGCAGGAACUGAUGCUGUGGCCCCAGCCCUCUUGGUGGGCACCGAACAGAUGUCUCCUCCUGAGAGAGCUGGACUCCCCAGGAAAGAAGCAUUGUCUGUGACAUAUUAUAGGAAAUGUACCGGGAAUGUCAAUAAUAAUGUCUCUGGGGGUUUGUUUGGUUUCCCUUCUUUUCUGUCAGUUGUCUGGGACUUGGGAGAGCCCCAUCUCUUCUUCCCUUUGGCUUCCUCUUGGCUGGGGGUGGGGGAGUGGGCAGAAGUGGGAGGAAGCUGGUUGGUGCAGGGGUGAGGGAGGUGUGAGGGACCUGCUGGAUUCUCUCCACUCAGAGAGAAGGAAGAGUACACCCUUGCCUGCGGGAGGAGAGCAGGUUUGU